AUGCACGCUCGAGAUGCCACCGGCCGUCAGGUCUCCCUUCUUAAUGAUGAACCCACUGUCCAGCCCAUGCCUCAGCGCAUCAGCUAUCACACAGCAAAUCAGGUCAUCUCUCAACCGUUUCACCCGGCGCCGCGUAGCAAUUCUUCCUCUCCACACACACCCGAGCUCCUUCGCUCAGACUCAUACGACUCCAACGCGAGCAGCGAUCCUUUGUCGCCCAUGACUCCCACCACCUACGACCCAAGUAGAGUCGGCGCCUUCCCUGGACAGUCGAUUCACGACGAGUACGAAAUGCCUCCGAAGCGCCCUGCCUACGCCAACACCAGCCGCGCGAACUCAUAUGAGGAGGAUAGCUCAGCGACGUCACCUCUGCCCGAGCGCCCCGGAAAGCGGUACCCUUGCCGUUACCGUGACAGCCAUGGGUGUGAAAAGACCUUCACCACCUCUGGACACGCUUCUCGUCACUCCAAGAUCCACACUGCCGAGAAGGCCGUGCAAUGUACUUUCCACGGUUGUCAGAAGAAGUUCACAAGAGCCGACAACAUGAAGCAGCAUUUGGAGACUCAUUACAAAGACAAGUCUCGCUCUACUGCCUCCGCAAAGGCCGCAGCUCGCUCCUCGCUUGGCGGGCUGGCAUCUUCAGGCCGUCGAUCUUCAUCAUCCUCAGCGAAGGCUGCUGCCAGCAGCCGCCCUCGCGACCAGCCCAUGUGGGAAGGGGAAUCACCAUACGGCUACCCUCCCGGUCAGGCGCCGCUCCCGUCACCUGCUGCCACCGGCGCAUGGGAUAUGCGUGGCCUCAACCUACCCCUUCUCAGCCGCCCCAGCGCGGCGAGGACACCCAGCAGUGGCCUCGAUGCAUUGGCUAUGGCUGUUGCGUGUCAAGAGGGUGCAUAA